GAAGUUGAAACCGACACGAAAACAAACCACUUCUUUAAAGGUUUGAAUCAGCAUACAUGGGAAGGGAGGUGCCUACAAAGUCUCGAAAAACUUUGCAGUUUUCCAAUCUUUCCCAAGGCACCAGAUAGACGAGGCAUCGUGGACAAUGUUAACAUCUCUUCAAAUGCAAAACAAGUUACCGGCCUUCGAUUGCUAGGUUUUCUUCGACCCAAUGUGACUGGCGAAUAUUUUUUCUCUGUUGAGACUAAUGGAUUUGUGGAGUUUUGGCUAAGUAAAAGCAUUAGUUGGAAAGGGGGAGCGAAAAUCGCACACGGCUACCCAACAGGCAAGCUUCAAGAAUCUCUAGAAUCUUCUAACGAAAGUGUGAAGUUGUCAGCCCAACAUGCGUAUUAUAUAGACAUAGUGUAUGCUCGGGGCGAAAUUAGAAAUAAUAAUGGCCCUCAAGUAAAACUUGCCUGGAAAAGACCAGAUAAAAAUGUCUUUGAAGUUAUCCCUGGGGAGUUUUUUGCUCUGUUCAAAAAUGAUAGUGACAUGGCUGAAAUGAAAGUUUACGAUGACGAUUUGCCUGACGUGCUUGCUUGUGAAUCAGUACGCCUUAAAUUUGCAAGCGAAUACAUGAAACCGGAGAGGAUCACUUACUUAGAAAGCUUAGCAGUGAGGAACGCAUUAAAUUUUUGGGAUUACAAACCGAGUUAUCCUCUUAAUCCGGCAAACGUAGCCGGUUUUAAACACAGUCAUGGAGUUUAUAAACAUGGCCACAAAACGUACACUUUACCUUAUUCAAGUGUCGAUGGAAUAACAAGGGGAGGAGCAGCAUUCUUGUCUGAAUUUCCUUUGGAGGAACGAGAAGCUCGCUCGGUAGUCGACAGAUACACAGCUGCACUUGAGAAAAGUUACGCAGGGUGAGUCGCUUGUUGAUAGUGUCUUACAAAUAUAUUCUCGGUUUUCACCCACGUGAGAAAGCAGAAAUAAAAAUGGAAAUCUUUUAAUACAGAAAGUCUAGAAUCUCGGAAAUAAAAGAAGAUAAAUAUGCAAAAAGCCUUGCCAAGAAUCAGGUCUAUGCAAUUGUUCAUAUGCGAGAUAUUCGGAAAAACGUUUUACCCAAAUUUAGAAAGCUUUGUAUCAGGAUCGUAACAAGGACAUUUUUUUUGCCAACUGAUCCCACAUUUAGGCCGUAAAUUUUGAUCCUUGAUCCCCAAAUUGUUGCAAAACUUGAUCCCUGAUCCCGGCCGUGAAUUUUUUUGAUCCCUGGAUUCAAUCUGGGUUGGAUUAACUGCGUGUACUUUAUAAAAACUGAAAAAAAAGUGUUUCUCUUUUUAUUUCUUUUACAAUUAGUCACACUCUGGUCAACGCCCAUUAAGCAAUUUCUACCAGAACCGUAUUCGGCAAGCAAAGACUUUGACCAAUUCUUUAGCUCUGUCAUCUUAGCUCCAACCACGUCCAACAAACUGAGUCAACAGGUCAACAAGCAGAGAGUAAGUAAUGUGCUAAAAAAAAGUAACAUAAGAUAAAUAUCUUCAAAUUCAAGAAAAGUUUCUCCACGUUUUGCAGACUUGAAGGUAGUCCAGCAGAUCGGAUUGCAUUAGUACAGUUUUGUACCGGAUCGAAAUGUUACAGCAAAAAUACAACUGAAAUGGAAAAUGUUGGCAGGUUAAUCCUCCAAUUAAGGCACAUUUCAGAAUUUUGUGGUCUUUGUUGUUUCGUCAGGAAACCGGAUUCCUGAUCCUCUUACAGUAAUACUGAUCCCGAUCCCACGGCUUGUGAUCCCAGAUCCCGGCGCUGUGAUCCCUGAUCCCACCCCAUUUUUUGCUGUUGAUCUCUGAUCCCAUAUACCUAGUUACGACCUUCUUUGUAUGGAGACGCCAUGUUUGUGUCCCUUUCAGGGUAGACUACGAGUAGUCCCCCAUUUUUCCUCAGGGAUAGUAGAACAAGCGAAACGCGAGCGAGCGUGAAAAUCACCCCACGCGAGAAAAGGGGGUUAUUUUCACGCGCGCUCGCGUUUCGCUCGCUCUACUAUCCCUGAGGAAAAAUGAGGGACUACUCGUAGUCUACUUUCAGGGGCACAAAUAUGGCCGCCGGAAACCAACAGAAACAACUGUUUUUGAGUUUUCUUACUUAUUCGUGAAUUCUUCUCUUGGGGAACUCAUAAAGAUUAAAGUAAUUCAUUCUAAGACAAGGAAUGUUUAGAUAGCAAAAUCUCCAAAAAUCCGUAAUGUUUUUAACCCACAUAAGAGCUUUCCCGGCCGCCAGCUAAAUGCCCGCGCGCGUCACGCAAAAAGCCUGGAAAUUCAAGAGUCCUGUAUCGCAAAACAAAGAACCCUUUUCAACCGAAUUUUUUUUGUAUAAAGGUUUUAAGGUGCUCUAGUAUCACAUGAAAGUAGAAACUCAAAAGAAGCGAUAGUUUCUUAGUUUGAAUUUUGGUGACGUCAUGUGAAAACCAAGAAUUGCUUGGAACUAUGAAAGGCAGCACAAUGGCAAUUUUUUUUUUUCUGGGGGGAGGGUACCUGUCUAAGAAAUUUUAUAAUGACAGGAGCCUACAUAGUCUCCUGAUAAUAAUAACUAAUGGCUUUGAUUUAUACUAUCAGGUGCAGUAUUACAGAAAGCUUCCAGUGUCCAAUCAAAAUGCACUCCUUAGCAACUGGUAGAUAUAUGUUCAAAUUUAAUGGAGCAAAUGAAAGUCUCCGAGGCACCUGACUGAAAAUAAAAAUCGUACCCACUUUAUAAAAUUACUUAUUUUCACCGAGUUACAAUUCAGCCUUCCAUGCACGGGUUUUCCAAUCAUCUCAUCGCGUCUCAACCCAGCACAGUUAACUAUUUUAGUUCAACUCGAUUACACGCAUCGCAAUUAGUCGAAGCUCUGUACAGUAAUUUCGGUGAAACUAAAUUUCCUUGGGAUAAACCGACACAAUCGCCAGCUAGGACGAUUCUACCUGAUACAGCUCCUAUUCCUUGGGUAUUUUAGCCACACAAAGAACAUGUCGACUUAAAUCUUUCAAGCGAAAAUUCAGCAUGCCGAUGGUUGUUUUUUUGGGAAAAGAGUAGAAACGGCCGGUAUACACACUGACUAGCUGGCUCCUGAGUCCUCUCGGGGCUCAGAGGCACCUUGUUGUGUUGGUGGACUAUCUGGUAUUUGUCUACGAAUUAUUCUCUUCAUAUUUUUAAUUUCGAACAAGCCCCAAAUCUAACAUGCAAAAUUCCGAAAUCAGUAAGCCCUGGGGCUUAUAUUCUUCGAAGGCCCUUUUGGGGGGACUUAUAUACGGAGGAGAAAUUUGCGCAUCAAAAUCGGCCGGGCUUACACUGCGUGGGAGGGAAAUUUACGUCUCCAAAUCGAUUGGGCUAGCUUAUAAUUGGAGGGAAAUUUUAUGUCAGUAAUUUGCAGAGAGUUUUUACUGAAACUCGCCUUGAGGACGUAGAUCUUACAAAAACUCAGCCAUGCAAGUACUUUUUCUAUAUGGAACGACCGAAAUCCAAGCCAAGAGUUAAGAGUGAACUACGCAACAGCAAGCGACACUUUUUGACUGCAAUCAUUUAGAGGACGUAAUAGUUCUUCGGCAAAUGCAAAAAUGUCUGUGUUACUGAACAGUUUCUGCUUUGUUUGUUUUCACAGGGCAAUUUUCAAGUACAAAUCCCCGGGGCUUAUAUUUGGAGGGGCGAUUUAACGGAGGGUUUUUUGCGUUACGAGUCUGCGGGGCGGUACGUUACUUUUACGGUAUUUUCAAAGGUUUUCCAAAAUUUUAAACAUCCCUCUCUCUAAUAUUUAUACAUUAAAAACAUUUGAAAAAUCACCAACAAAUUUAGGCUCUAUUUGGCGCCGCUCUCUCGGACCUCCCCAAGAAGAGACGGCCGUUUGAAAUCUGCUCCAGGAAAAUAAAUUUGUGCUACCUGCUCAGCCUGCUCGAUUUGAGCAGGCAACGAUCUGAUUGGUAGUAAUUGACAAUAGCUAGCCUGCGAAAACAGAGGAGCGAGGGGAAUCGGCUGUUUUCGCAGAUUAGACAAUAGCAAACUAGCUAUUCUUCCAGCCGGUCUGUUCCGGCGAGGAGCACAGGCUCAUUUCCCAAACAGCGGCUGGUAAUCUAGCCUACCAAAAAUUCUCAAAAACUAAUUGAACUGAGGAUUCCAAACUAACUGAGUCAUUUUUUGAUUGAAUGAAAUAUUGGCUAGAUAUUUAAGAAAAAGGGCAGAGAUAAACGAAAAAUAAUGCUUUUAACCAGACUGCCCCCUUAAUAACCCAUUUCAACAAGCUCACGGUGAAAAGCGUUUAUUUAACACACAAAACGGUACUUGAUCGAUUAACACCUUCCUUCAUACUGCAGGAAAUACAAAUUCAACACCAUCAAGCGCGUAGAGAUGAAAGACGAUCCUAAGAAAGGAAAGAGAUAUCUACUUGAGCUUGUCAUUGAGGAUAUCACUGAUGGAACACACUACUUAUUGUCAGAAUAUGUCUUUGUACCUCAUGGGAAAAACGCUUCUUUUUUAUGUUAUCCUAACGCUCUGCAGUGGAACAGGACGGCGGAUGUCUACUUAAUACUCACGGCUAAGAAUCUGGGUCGAUGGGUUCAUCAUUUUAUAAAGAACGUUGAAAAGAUCGUGCAAGAAACAAAAGACGACCAUUUGCACGUCGUUAUAUAUGACUUUGGAAGCCCCGAUAUUGAUAUUAAAAAGGCUUUACAAAGAAGCAUCUUAAAGAAUUAUCAUUUUAUCAUAAAUCCUGCACCCUAUUCAAGGGCUAAGUCUUUCAGUGAGGCCAUAAAAUCGGUUGAUGAUCCAGACGCUAUUGUUGUUACUAUAGAUCUUCAUCUUGAUAUUGGAAGUCAGACCAUAAGUGAUAUACGUAAGGUAAGAUUUCUGCCAAUAUGAGCCUGCAAAUUUAUCCGGAUUAGAAUGGAUGAACAAUUCUUGCAAGGACCAUUUGGAAAAACAGCAGCGAGGGAAAGCCGGAUCUUGUCGUAGAUCAGGAUCAUCAGUAUAAAAUAACACUUUCAAUUGAAGGCAAGGCUGAUCGGACAACUAAAGGUUCCAAAUUUAUUUCCCAAUAUUUCGACUCGACAAAACUAGUCUCCAUCAGGGGCUAGAAAAGCUAAGUGGACGGUCCAUUCUAAUCCGGAUAAAUCUGAAAAUGAAGUCUUCCUCACGAAAACGUUAUGUAAGGUAGCUACUGAUGAUAUGGCAGGUAAACAUCGUCCUCCGAUUGGUCUUUCACCUUUGUCUAAUCAAUUACCUCAUUUUGAUUUCAGCAUUGUUUCAAAGGAAAGACAGUCUACGCUCCUCAAAUCAUCUUUCUGCAUUGUGGUGGCAGUAGCAAUAUGCCCGUAGGCGUCUGGUAUCACUUGAGUUAUGGCACGAUAGCAAUGUACAAAAGGGAUUGGGAAUCCUUCGGAGGGUUUUCAAAAAGAUUCCUCAACAAAGUCACGUGGGGUGGUGAGGACUGGGAUAUAAUUAACGGUGCAGUUAAGGGAGGACUGGAAAUAGAACGCAAGCGUGCGCCAUGGAUUUUUCACUACAAACACAACAAAGCGGGAAUGUGGCAAAGAAAUUAG